AUGAAUUCAAGUGGUCACUUUGUUGGUGUCGGGGCUGAGAACAGGACUGAGGACUUACCAGUGUGUUCUUUGCAGUCAGGGCUGGGGCCAAGAUGGAAUACUCAACCAGCAUGCUUGUAUAAAGUUUGUGACAGUCCUCUUACCGAGAAUGAGACUUGUGGCUUCCAAGGCCCUCAGAUCAUGGGUCUCUGUCCACUUCUGUGCCUCCUGUUCACAGCAGCCGACUUCAGCCCGCAGGGGUUUGCUCAGCCAGAUGCACUCAAUCUCCCCACCACCUGCUGCUUCAUAUUUAAUAGUAAGAAGAUCCCCUUGCAGCGGCUGAAGAGUUAUCAAAUCACCAGCAGCCAGUGUGCCCAGAAGGCUGUCAGCUUCAGAAACGAGGUGGCCAAGGAGAUCCAUGCUGACACUAAGGAGAAGUGGGUGCAGCACCACAUGAACCAACUGACAGCCUAA